CACUGUUUCCUCGUACACCCCUUUGGCACAAUCCUUUCCCUCCUCUAAAUUUAAAGACGGGGUUCUCUCGGGGCCAAGACCAAAGAUGGCUUCUGCGUGCCUCAAGCGCGAAGAGCAGACAACCAACGAUGACAACGAUAUUAUUAUUAGAAAGAGCAAUGGCACCACAACUUACUUCGAUGUGUACGGACCUCAAGGGAAGGCAGAUGUUGUUUUUAAAACUCCUACAGCUGACUCAUUAUUGAAUCUACAAGACAUUCAGGGACUUGUCACCUGGGUGCUUGGUGAAGGAUUUAUGCCAUCUUGGGUCUUUAUCAAAAACAAGCCUCUGAUUCCGAAAGUGGUCCUGCUUUAUGUUCCAGGCCUUGACGCUGCGUUUUACAUGUCCCAGUCCAGCCUACUUCUUGGCCUUAAAGAAAAUUGUGGCAAUCCAAGGGAAGUUUUAGCUCUUAGCUGUGUAUCAGAUGGAAUGCAGACAAUAGAUGCGCUUCUAACUUGCAAACUGAAAAGAAAGCGGGAGGAGAUCAGUGCAGUUUCCAAGUGUCCUGAACAAGUAAGUAAGGAACAUAUGAAGCCAUUUCCAGUUUCUUAUUACACACUUACAGCAAAAGAGCUAGAAGAUAAUGGGUACUAUCUAACUCAACCAGAUUUUAUCUCCACUCUUCCUUCUCCUUCAGGAUCUCCCCCUUGUGAAAUGCUGGCACUUGACUGUGAGAUGUGUGUCACAAUCAAUGGGUUUGAACUCACAAGGCUGACGCUAGUAGAUGUUGAUGGACAGGUUAUGUUAGACAAAUUGGUUAAACCUUCCAAUGCUAUUCUUGACUACAAUACUAGGUAUAGUGGAAUCACAAGUGAGAUGCUGAGUGGGGUGACUACAACUCUUAAAGAUAUUCAGGAAGAGUUUCUAAAGCUUGUUUACAUGGAGACCAUCCUAAUUGGGCACUCUUUGGAGAAUGACCUAUUAGCCUUAAAGAUCUCCCAUGAUUUGGUGAUUGAUACUGCGAUAUUGUAUAAAAACCCUCGUGGUGUACGCUACAAGACUGCUUUAAGAGUGCUUGCCCAAAGAUUUCUUUCUAGGGAGAUACAAGCAUCAGGAAAUGGGCAUGACAGUAUUGAAGAUGCAAGAGCAGCAAUGGAAUUAGCACUGUUGAAGAUUAGACAUGGACCUGAAUUUGGUUCACUGCCAUCAUUCAUGCGGAAGAAACUGGUUAGUAUUUUGAGUGAGAGUGGCAAGACUUGCUCUUUUAUUGAUGAUGUUUCCAUAGUGAAGCGGUAUGCUGCAGGAUCUUGCCAUGCAUUUCCUGUAUCUUCAGAUGAGGAAGCACUUUCAAAGGCCAGAAAGGAGGUGAAGAAUGAUAAUGUACACUUUGUCUGGACCCAAUUCUCGGAGUUGAAUUCCUAUUUUCGGCGACAGGCAGAGGAUGUGGAGAAGUUGAAUGAGAAAGUUGCAGAGAUGAUUUCAUUGCUUACGUGUCAUAAGACAUCUACAAGAAGUAAAGGCAUCAAAUACACUGUGACCCCUGAAUUGGAGGACAUACUAACUCGUAUGGAUGCUCGAAUCCAAAGCGUCUAUGCCAUGUUACCAACAAAUGCCAUGCUUAUUGUUUGCACUGGUCAUGGAGACACAGCAAUGGUCCAAAGGUUAAGGAGAAUGAUUUCAGAGCAGGAAGAGACCACAAUUUGCCGUGAGAAACUUGUGGGGGUAUUGGAAGAGGUCCAGGCCCAAGCUGAACUGGCUCUAUGUUUUGUUGGUGUGAAGCAUUGAUCAAUGCGGACAGUUUCUACUUCUCAGCUUUAGUGAUCUUUAGGUUCAGGGAACACUCUUUUGUGUCGUAGCAUUCUUUGUAUUCUGUCUUUAUUGCAAAAAGCUUUAUACUCAAACCCGGCAAAACAGCAGGGUCCAAAGGAUUGGGGAGUGCAAAAAUCUUGUAUCUACUGAGCUGAUUCUUUUGUCAGGUAGGAGAAGUUGGGUAGGGAUCCAUGAAUAGGGGCAGCCGUAAUUUUGAGUAGUUUCCUGGUCCUAUCAACAGGUUGUUGUCAAUUGUAUCUGCUUUCAUUAAACCAAUGAUCAAAAAACAAUUUACAAUUUUAGAUUGGCAAA